AAGCUAAGCAAAACUAACGCGCAGCUGAACAAGCUAAACAAUCUGAAACAAAGUGCAAGUAAAAGUAAACUAGUAAAGUAACUACCAACCUUACAAUCAAGAAGCUAUUACUGAAGACAAGAAGGAAGCUGAGAACUCACAACUCACAACUAUCCAUUACCAAGUAAGGAGCAACUGCAUCCACAAACACAAACACACAAGAUGCCAGCUAUUGGAAUCGAUCUGGGCACCACGUACUCCUGCGUGGGUGUCUACCAACAUGGCAAGGUGGAGAUCAUCGCCAACGACCAGGGCAACCGCACCACCCCGUCCUACGUGGCCUUCACAGACUCUGAGCGCCUCAUCGGCGAUGCCGCCAAGAACCAGGUGGCCAUGAACCCCAGGAACACGGUCUUCGACGCCAAGCGCCUCAUCGGACGCAAGUAUGAUGACCCCAAGAUCGUGGAGGACAUAAAGCACUGGCCCUUCAAGGUGGUCAGCGACGGUGGAAAGCCCAAGAUCGGCGUGGAGUUCAAGGGCGAGGCCAAACGGUUUGCCCCCGAGGAGAUCAGCUCGAUGGUGCUGGCCAAGAUGAAGGAGACGGCGGAGGCUUAUCUGGGCGAGAGCGUCACAGACGCGGUCAUCACGGUGCCCGCCUACUUCAACGACUCCCAGCGCCAGGCCACCAAGGAUGCUGGUCACAUUGCCGGCCUGAAUGUACUCCGCAUCAUCAAUGAGCCCACGGCGGCGGCUCUGGCCUACGGGCUGGACAAGAACCUCAAGGGAGAGCGCAACGUACUUAUCUUUGACCUGGGUGGUGGCACCUUCGACGUCUCCAUCCUGACCAUCGACGAGGGAUCGCUGUUCGAGGUGCGCUCCACCGCCGGAGAUACCCAUCUGGGCGGCGAGGACUUUGACAACCGGCUGGUCACCCACCUGGCGGAUGAGUUUAAGCGCAAGUACAAGAAGGACCUGCGCUCUAACCCUCGCGCCCUGCGACGCCUCAGGACGGCGGCGGAGCGGGCCAAGCGCACGCUCUCUUCCAGCACCGAGGCAACCAUCGAGAUCGACGCACUGUUCGAGGGUCACGACUUCUACACCAAGGUGAGCCGCGCCAGGUUCGAGGAGCUGUGCGCGGACCUCUUCCGCAACACCCUGCAGCCCGUGGAGAAGGCCCUUACGGACGCCAGGAUGGACAAGGGCCAGAUCCACGACAUCGUGCUUGUUGGCGGAUCCACCCGCAUUCCCAAGGUGCAGAGCCUGCUUCAGCAGUUCUUCAACGGCAAGAGCCUCAACCUCUCCAUUAACCCGGACGAGGCGGUGGCCUACGGAGCGGCGGUCCAGGCCGCAAUCCUCAGCGGAGACCAGAGCGGCAAAAUCCAGGACGUGCUGCUGGUGGACGUGGCCCCUCUUUCACUCGGAAUUGAGACCGCUGGCGGGGUGAUGACCAAGCUGAUCGAGCGCAACUGCCGCAUCCCGUGCAAGCAGACCAAGACGUUCUCCACGUACUCGGACAACCAGCCCGGAGUCUCCAUCCAGGUGUAUGAGGGCGAACGUGCGAUGACCAAGGACAACAACGCACUGGGCACCUUCGACCUGUCCGGAAUUCCUCCUGCGCCAAGGGGUGUACCCCAGAUAGAGGUCACCUUCGACAUGGACGCCAACGGAAUCCUGAACGUCACCGCCAAGGAGAUGAGCACGGGCAAGGCCAAGAACAUCACGAUCAAGAACGACAAGGGACGCCUCUCUCAGGCCGAGAUUGACCGCAUGGUGAACGAGGCCGAGAAGUAUGCCGACGAGGACGAGAAGCAGCGCCAGCGCAUCACCUCUCGAAAUGCCCUGGAGAGCUACGUCUUCAACGUGAAGCAGUCUGUGGAACAGGCUCCCGCUGGCAAACUGGACGAGGCGGACAAGACCUCCGUCCUGGAUAAGUGCAACGACACUAUUCGGUGGCUGGACGGCAACACCACCGCCGAGAAGGAGGAGUUCGACCACAAGCUGGAGGAGCUCACCCGCCACUGCUCGCCCAUCAUGACCAAGAUGCAUCAGCAGGCGGCGGGAGCGGGAGCAGCCGGUGGCCCAGGAGCCAACUGUGGCCAGCAGGCCGGAGGCUUCGGCGGCUACUCGGGACCCACGGUCGAGGAGGUCGACUAAGCCAAAGAGACUUAUCAAUUCAUUCCUAAUUUAAUUCCUUCAAAGUGAUAAGAAUUGUUUGAUUGCCAUUCUCAAAGAAAACCAUUUGUACAUACACUCAUACGUUUAUAGUUCCUACUAUAGUAUUCCAGUCUUAAGUUAGCAACCAAUUGUUAUAAGCUUAAUUAGCAUUAUAAAAAUAAAUACAUAGUUUAUUUGAUUUUUUAAAACAAA